AUGACUUCCAACUCCGAUGCUCCGCCCUCGGCGGCCACAGAGGCUGUCUUGGUCAAGUCCGAGGAGAUGCCUGCUGACGCUCAGAAGGUCGAGGAGUUGGACUUCAACAAGUUCAAAGGCCCAAUCACUGCGGAAGAUCUCUUCGAGGGCAUGCGCCACAUGGGCUUCCAAGCGUCUUCUAUGUGUGAAGCCGUGAGGAUCAUCAAUGAUAUGCGUGCAUGGAGAGACCCAGAGACGGGGGACAAGACCACAAUUUUCUUGGGAUAUACUUCCAACCUCAUCUCAUCAGGCCUUCGUGGUGUCCUCCGUUGGCUUGUCGAGCAUAACCACGUGUCAUGUAUCGUCACCACAGCUGGUGGCAUCGAAGAGGAUUUCAUCAAGUGCCUUGGUGACACAUAUGUUGGUUCCUUCAGUACCCCUGGAGCCGAACUACGUCGCAAGGGUCUCAACCGCAUUGGAAACCUCGUUGUUCCUAAUGCGAACUACUGCGCCUUCGAAGACUGGGUCGUCCCCAUUCUCGACAAGAUGCUUGAGGAGCAGGAGGCUAGUAAAGGCACUGAGGAAGAGAUCAACUGGACGCCAUCAAAGGUAAUUCAUCGUCUAGGUCAGGAGAUCAAUGACGAGCGAUCCGUCUAUUACUGGGCAUACAAGAACAAUAUUCCAGUGUUCUGCCCUGCCAUCACUGACGGAAGCCUCGGCGACAUGCUCUAUUUCCAUACUUAUAAGACAUCACCCCGCCAACUGAAGAUCGAUCUGGUUGAAGAUAUCCGACGUAUCAACACCAUUGCUGUCCGAGCCAAGCGGGCCGGUAUGAUCAUUCUGGGUGGUGGUAUCGUCAAGCACCACAUUGCCAAUGCAUGUUUGAUGCGCAAUGGUGCUGAGUCGGCGGUUUACAUCAACACGGCACAAGAAUUUGAUGGCAGUGAUGCGGGUGCUAGACCAGAUGAGGCGGUAUCGUGGGGCAAAAUCAAGAUUGGGGCUGAUAAUGUGAAAGUAUACAUGGAGGCAACAGCAUGUUUUCCCUUUAUUGUAGCAAACACUUUUGCGAAGGAUGUUGGAAAGUCUGGCCAAUAG